CCACCUUCUCAAGGGGCAACUAGGGACAGACAAUAAAUGCUGGGGAAGCCAGCGACAAAUGAAUUUUGAAAAUCUUUUGCUGGGAGCAAAGGAACUGGAAUCCCCGGAGUCAUUAGCCGUGUCCGCUGCUCUGUGAUCCCAAAAGGGUGUGCAUUGAACAUGGCAGUUGUGUCACACUUCAACUGGUGACCAGUGAAAUCAAUUCUUGGCACCUCAGGCAAAACGGUGUCUCCUUCAAGGGCUUUUUCAGCACUGUUGUCAGGCAGCGAAUUGUGAUGCACCAUCCAUAGCGUCACUGACUAGCUCCCUUAUGGAAGGGGCUCACUUCAAGCCCCUACUAACUUGGGUGUGUCGGAAUGUAGUGCUGGUGCCUCAAAUUGUCUGUUUGACUAGGCAGGCAGCUGGAGAGAUGAAUGGGUGAGGUUAAACAACUUACCACAAAGAACAUAACAACAGGACGUUCGCAAUACCUAUUUAUGCGGUCACAUCUCACAUUGAAGCUACUCGUUGGAUUUUGGGGGAGACGCAGUCAGGGCCCACUCCAUUGUUUUUGCAGAAGUGGAACAACAGUGGGAUAUACUCCCAACAUCUGCUGGCCUGGUUAUAAUUGUUUGCAAGUUUCAUCUUAGAACCAACGGUUACACAUUAACCACAGGAUCCUGCAGAGCUACACAUCUCAGUUACCCAAUGAGCUUCCCUGGAGAGGGAAAGGGAAACAGAAAGAUGAAAACCUGUCGGUGUUUGACAUUUCUCAUGAUUUUUCUCUGCAGAGUCAGCAGUGAGAAAUGUUCCACUGGUACAACAUGCGCUGAUAUGGAUAAGUGUCAGACAAAUCCAUGCGGCUCCAAUGCAAUCUGUCACGGCACUUCUGGCAGCUUCUACUGUACCUGUGAGAAAGGAUAUUACUCAACAGGAGAUAAACACUUUGUGAGUGCAGCAGUGGCGUCUUGCAUAGAUUAUGAUGAGUGUCGCAACAUUCAAGCAUUAUGUGGUAGCAAUGCAACAUGCCACAACACCGCAGGUGGAUUCUACUGUCUGUGCAACAAAGGAUUCGCCCGGGUUUCCGGCCAGACCAACUUUACUGGUUACGCAGCUGGAUGUAAAGACAUCGAUGAGUGUCUCCAAGAUCCCUGCCAUGCUGACGCUGUCUGCCAGAACAUAAAAGGAAGCUACAUUUGUAUUCCUCAGUCAGGAUUUGACUCGUCAUAUGUUAACAAAGUCCUUCAGAGUCCGUUUUUGCGAUGUCUAGCUGUCCUCCUGAAGGACCAGUCCAUUAUCGAUAAAUGUUACUCUCAACGUCAAACAGGAUCGCUGCAGCCUACGACCGAUCGACUUUGCUCUCUCAUCAAGCCAACCCUCACAUUUGCGGAAGGCAUGUGUCAAGAUAAGGAGAUUGUCAGAUCAGCACACAGCCAUGUCACAUUAAAAAAUGUCAUGAGCUUUGGAAACAAAUUCUUCAAUGAUAGUUCCAAGCUGGAGAAAGUGGAUGAUGAAAAUCAACUUCAGUCAACCUCAUUGUUCUUGAAUGCCAUGGAAAGUUUCACCCUAGGUGCUGCUCUGGCCUCACCUGGCCAAAAAACCAAGAACAUAACAACGCCAUAUUUAGGUUUUGAUGUUCGCAUCAUCCAAAUGCAGGACCAUUCAAAAAUACCUGACAAAAUAACUCUCCACGCGAAGGGAAACAGAAUGGAUGCUUAUUCACGGACGGUCACAGAGGGAGAAACAGGUGGGUCCAUUGCCAUUGCUUUCAUCUCGUAUGACCGACUGAAUUUCCUCCAGAGUGGGCAUUUCAUUGAGAAUGAAAGGACAAGGCCUUACCAGUUGAUCUCGGGAGUGGUGUCGGCCACAAUUGGAAACCACAGGCGUCACGAACUCCGUGAAAGAGUCAACAUCACGCUGAAACAUAAAAAGAGAACUGAUGGGUGGCUGGCAUGCGUUUACUGGAACCACAUGGAGGACAGAAGUCACUGGUCACCUGAGGGAUGUGUCAUGAUCGCUUCAAACAAGACCCACACAGUGUGUGGCUGCCACCAUCUGUCCAGCUUCGCCGUUCUCAUGACAGCUGUGGAGGAGGAUGGUCACUUGGAUUGGAACCUCAGUAUCAUAACGUUGGUUGGGAUCAGCUUGUCACUGAUGUGCCUGGGCUUCACUAUCAUCACGUUUCGGUUCUGCACCCAAGUUACCAGCCACAACCACACCAUCCACAUCAACCUGUGCAUCACCCUGUUUCUGGCUGAGCUACUUUUCCUGGUGGGCAUUCACAAAACCAACAACAAGGUUGCAUGUGCAGUCAUCACGGGAUGUUUGCACUAUCUUUUCCUGGCAGCCUUCACUUGGAUGUGUGUGGAAGGAAUUCACCUUCACCUCAUGGUCAGGAACCUCCAGAAAAUCAACAACUCUUGUGCCCGUAAAGUGCUGUCAUGGUUUAUGUAUCCCUUUGGAUAUGGAGUGCCAGCUGUAAUUGUCACUGUUUCUGCAGCAACGUAUCCAACUGGUUACGGGACACAACGCUAUUGCUGGCUGACGACUGAGAAUGGAUUAAUCUGGAGUUUCAUUGGCCCAGUCUGCUUGAUAAUUCUGUUUAAUAUGACGCUGUUUGCUGUGACACUCUGGAUACUGAAGGUACAACUCACCCGCCUCAACGCAGAAGUCACAAAAAUUAAGGACAUGAGGACUCUAACAUUUAAAGCCACUGCACAAGUGUUUGUCCUGGGUUGUACCUGGCUUCUUGGCCUGUUUCACUUUCAGGCUUCCAAGUUGGUGACAGCCUACUUAUUCACCAUUGUCAACAGUCUACAAGGAGUUUUUAUCUUCAUCAUCCUCUGUUUAUUAAACCGACAGGUGAGAGAUGGAUACUGGGCUUGGUUCAACAAGCUGUGCACGAUCAGGAAGAAACCUAGCUUCACGGAUUCUGGAUCUAACAGUGUGCCGUUGACCACCUUGAUAUCUCAACAAGAGAGGAUUUAAGGCACCUGGCAUCAAGAAUACAUUCCUCAGAGUGGCAUUAUCACAGCUGCAAAGUGGAUGAAGAAAGAAAAGCAUUUGUAUAGCCACCACGGAUAGAUGAUGAUGAAGCACUAAACAGGCGGGCUUGAAAUGGUCCUGGCCAUUUCACCAGCAGUCCUGGAAGAUAAGGGGCUGAUAUCUGGCUUCAUUGUUUGUACAGUAGACACCUCUAGGAAAAGAAAAGUCUUGCCUUGCGCCCACUGACACAGAGAGUCAUUGGAGACCAGGGCACUGCCACCUGGCUGACCACAUUUCAGAUUGGCUUGGCUGGCACUAAGUCUUUUGGGACCUGCCUUCCAUGUAUAUCAACCUGUAGAAAAGCCGAUGGUGGAGCCAACUCUUGACAACAACAACUUAUCUAUCUCCAUUCCUUCACCCUCACCCUCUGCAAAUAUUUUCAGUUCAAACAAUGGUCCAGUUUUGUUUCCUCUAAAGCAACCCUCCACUCCCCCCCCCCCCCCUCCUCCCCACCUCCACCACCACCACCCCCCAUUUUGCAUGCCUCCACCACCAUCUCAGGCAAUGCACUCUAGACCCUAAUCCUCAUCCUCUGGUUCUCAAACCUCCAGAAAGCAGAAAUGUUUUCCCUCUUACAGGCGAGACUGAGGCCUCAUAGGGCCCUUUCACAUGGAUGUGCAAGAUUCCCUGCUCAUAUUUUGCAAAGAAUCGUGGAGUUCUCCUCUGGCCAAUAUUUCUUUCCUACCCAGUUAGUAAAAAGAAAGUGGUUGAUUUGGAUAUUAUCUCAUUGCUGUUUGCGGGAGCUUGCUGCUUUACAACAAUGAAUUCACUGCAGAGGUGGUUCAUUGGCUGUAAAGCAGUUGCGUGAUCACGACAGGUGCUAUGUAAGUGCAAGGUCUUAAAGUCUUUCUUCCAUCUUGAUUGAUAAAGGUUAGCAAGCCCAUCCCCAACUCAGAUUAAAGAAGAUGCUUCCCUGUUUUAGAACCAUGGAAUCACACAGCACGGAAACAGACCAGUCCAACCAGUCCACUCCAACCAUGUUCCCAUAAUAAGCUAGCCAGCAUUUGGUCCAUAUCCCUCCAAACCUUUCCUAUUUGUGUACUUAUCCAAAUGUAUUUUAAAUGUUGUAACU